CCUUGGACUUGCCAAACAAGUCAAAUCUUUACCCCUCUCGGUUUAUUUCCAAUUACUGGAUCCCAUAGGAUCUACCUUUGGGGUAAAUCUUCCUACUCUGCUCAUCUGCUUCCUAGUUGUUUUCUAGUUCCUCACUGGUGAUGAGAUCUGGGCCUUCAGCCCUAUCACUGUUUUCUCUCAACUCCGGGUCUCUUACAGUCAGCUUUUACAGUUACUCUUGUCCCGUUGCUGCCGCUUGGGGCCCAACUUCGAAGGCGUACCUCUUUCAUUGCCGUUUAUUUGGUCCUUUGAGCUUUUCCAUCACUAAAAUCGGAACCGGCUUGAGGUGUCUGCCUGGCCACUGAAAACAUCCCCCAUAUGACAAGAUCCAAUGUGUGGCUCAGUACCAAGCUUGACCCAACUCCCCUAACUUUCUCCCCCAAACCACCCGAACUGUCACCCAGAUAAGACAGACACUCGAAGACAAACAAUCUCCAUUUCACCCUCGAUAGAUCUCUGUCACGAUGGAUCCAACUGGAACAGGACGCCGUACGCCACCGACCACCCAACCUGGCCAAGGUCUACCAAGUGGCAAAGAUAUCCAAGAUGCAAGGCCAAGAGGGGGCUUAUUCGUAACUCCAGAUCCAGAUGACGAAAUAAGCGUGCAGAGUCGUACUGGAGAACCCAUCAACCAUCCUCAAGCUCCCAAUCCACACUUGAUCGGCCAUGACCCAAACCAACGCAUUCGUGUGGCACAGGAGGCCAUGAAACGGGAGAUUUUACUCAAGCGAAAAUCAGGCAGGGAAUCCAUCUUUGAUGGAAGCGGCAGGGUAAAGAUCCAAAGAUCGAACCCCAGCACCGGAUCACUUCAUGAAGAGAUUCCAUUCGGGGAAAAUGCAGAUCACAACAUGGAUAACCACAACGAGGAAGACCACUCCUGGAUGGACACAGAUAAUGAUGGAAGUAGCACCGAUGAACGGGAGGCUUUAUUGAGAAAUAUGAACGCUCUGGAAGAGGCCAGGGAGAAAAACAACGGAGAGUUGACCCCUAGCCAACAGCUAGAGUACCUCCAAGCCAGCCAGCGCCUCCACACUGCAUCCUGGCGGCUCCAAAAAGGCAAAUCAUCCUCUGGGCUAAACAUAGGGACAGAUGACAUGUAUGUCGAUCCCAUGAGCGAGGAUGAUGAUGCCGGAAUAUACCCUGAGAUGGCGGAAGGGAUUCCAAAUUUCACUUCUCAAAGCGAACCAUCACUGGUAACGGCUAAAGGCCAAAAGAAACCAUCACGGAAAAACACCGUAAAUAGGACAGCACGAGAAGUUCAUAGCUCAAAGCAAGCUGCAAAAGCCAAAGCUGUUGGAAACAAAGGUCGUGUACCAAAGAAAGGCAAGAAGCAGCCAGGCACUGUUCCGACGGGCGUCCACAAAACCACCUAUAAGAGCAGGAUGAGAAAUAAAUGGCCGGAAGUUGAUGAUACAGUACAGAAGCUCCUGGCAAGCCUCAUUCAAAGCGAUACUAUCAAGGAGCGUAUGGAGCAAGACGAUGUUGAAGAAGGUCCUGAUAUCAUCACAAACAACAAGGCCAGUCAGUUGAGAGAACUUCUCAGCAGCAUCCCUCGAGAUUAUGACGCCAACAGAGCAAAAAAUGAGAAAAAUACGUUGAAUGAAGCAUCGAAAUCAUUUGGUCAUGGGCGAGUCAAAGCGAAAAAUGGGAAAUGGCUUCUGGUCGGCAUGAAGACGCCACUGUACCAUCACCAGUUACUGGCGGCAGAUUGGAUGGUUAAACGUGAGCUUUCCUUGGAUCGGCCUCAUGGGGGUCUAUUGGCAGAUGCUAUGGGUCUUGGGAAGACUGUAUCGACUUUGGCUACGAUGGUCGGAAAUCCGCCAGCAGAAAAGGACAUCGCAGCGAUGAGAAAAGCUACGCUCAUAGUAGUCCCGGCAAGCUUACUUUCACAGUGGGAGGCAGAAAUCAAAGUGCAUGUCGACGAGAAGAUUUUCCAAAAAGUCAUGCCUUAUAAGUCGUCUUCAAGAAUAUCUACCAACAUUCUCUCAGACUGCGAUAUUGUGCUGACGAGCUUUACGGAAGUUGCAAAUAGCUGGCCGUUUCCAAGCUCUGUGGAAGACAAGGCCGACGCAAGGCUAUUAGGAGAGGAUGAGUGGGCCAAUAAUCGCAAUUCACUUAAAGGCGACCUACAGCGAGUCAAAUGGUACCGAAUUGUCCUGGAUGAAGCUCAGGCGAUCAAAAAUUAUAGGUCACGGACUUCAAUAGCUUGCCACAAGCUGGACUCAACUUACCGAUGGACUCUUUCAGGCACUCCUGUCUUAAACAGCCUCAACGAGCUCUAUCCAUAUUUUCGCUUUCUUCGCCUGAACUGGGCAAGCUCUUUCCCUGUUUUCAAGAAAAACUUUGGAGAUCCCGAUGCCAACGAUUCAACUAAGAGACUGAAUGUCAUGCUUAGUGUGAUUAUGAUGAGGAGAACAAUUGGAUCCACAAUACUUGGACGUCCUUUGGUUCAGCUGCCGCCAAUUCAUCCUUCCUUGCAGACUUUGACUCUCAGCGGAGUGGAGAGAGCAAUAUAUCGCACAUUGGAAGACCGUUUCCGUGGAAUGAUGAACAACCAUUUCAAGGCAGGGACGACCGAGAAAAACUAUGGGUUAUAUUUGACACAGCUUCUGAGGCUCAGGCAAGCCGCGUCCCAUCCCUUUCUUCUUGAGAGAUGCAUCAAAGACCUGUUCGAUGCCGAAGAUCUGCUGGGGCUUAAGCUCAGGCUAAAGCGUCUUAAGAAAGACAAACGUCCAAUUUAUGAGCAAAUCGAACUAUGGACUUCAAAGCCUGCAACAAACAACGAACCGAAGCAAAGCGGCGACAGUGUCUCAUUCGGGCGUUCUGACUUUGGAAACAGGUUCGAUUUUGAAGGAUUUCUGAGCGAGGCUGAUCAUGAAAAGAUCUAUGCCCGCAUCGUUUGCAUUCUUUGCUCAGACUUACCUCAGGACCCUGUUAAGACAGACUGCGGACAUAUAUUCUGCAGGGCCUGCCUUGAGGGAAAUAUACACGCACAGGCGGCUACGUUGGAGUUUGAUUAUACGGCAUGCCCAAAGUGCGAGAAAAUAUUCGAGCAUUAUGAGCCGUGGAGAAACCCUGAUUUAAAAGGUAGCGAUGACGGUGCUGGCUCUGAACGUUCAGAUCAUUCAUCAGGCCAACCCACCAGACAAACUUCCAGAAGAAAGGAUGCAAACUAUAAGCCACACAUCAAGGAUUCAGAGUGGUUAAAGACGUGCAUCGAAACCCCUAAAAAGCUUCUGCCGAGCACCAAAACCAUCGCCCUCAAGGCUCAAAUUCUUCGUUGGGUACAUGAGGCACCAGAUGAUAAAAUCUUGAUAUUUACUCAAUUCCGAAUGAUGACGAGGAUCGUGGGUUUGCUCUGCGAGAAGGAGUGCUGGGGCCACGUAUAUUUCACUGGUGAUAUGAACAUGAGACAACGAACUCAUGCAGUUGAGCAAUUCCACACUAACAAGAAUAUCAAGAUCAUGAUCGCUGUUUUGAAAUGCGGCGGGGUGGGUCUGAACCUGAAAUGCGCCAAUCGAUGCAUAACCAUCGACCCCUGGUGGAACCACUCUGUGGAACAGCAAGCAUUUGGUCGUAUCUUCCGGAUUGGGCAAAUGAAGGAGACUCAUGUUGCUCGAUUUGUUGUGAAGAACACAGUCGAUAUGCGAAUCCUGGACAUGCAGAAGGAGAAGAUGGCUGAGAUUGAUGGGGUCAUGAUAGAGGCGGGAAAGCCCCUUGCUCCACUGAGCAUUGAAGAAAUGGCGAGUUUAUUCGGUCACUUGGUGAAAGGUGACGAUGGAAUCACGCAGGUGGUCGCAGAUUAUGAAAGCGAGGCGGAAAGUGAUGGGGACUAUGAAGACGAGGGCCAGGUUGCUGAGGAGAGUGCUGAGUAGGUGAGUGUCCUACGAGGGAGUUUUGCAUCGAUUAUUGAAGAAAGUGCGGGGUGGGCGAGUGGUCCGGGAAGGGGUUCCAUUGCAUUAAGUAUUGGUGAAAUGCGGAGAAGGCGGGAGUUUCAUUUUUCUUCUAUUGAAAGGUGGCUGGCUAUUCACGUUUUCUGGGAAUAAAUGGUCGGGGGGAAGGAAGGGGGUUUCAGUUGCCGAUAAUUCUUUGCAUAUGGCCGUUUAUCAUACAGACAACAUAGGUUUUGCCACCGAAAUAUUCUCUCUUUUAUCAUUCUCAACACGCGGGUUAUCCGUCGAUAGAACUACAACCGCCGCAGCGAUUCAUGGGUACUCACAUAGGCGACCUUACUUUGAAUCAAACAAUGGCUCAACCAUCAUAACUUUCUAAAUUUGACCCGCUGUCUACAUGGAUAUAUCCCUGGGCGACAUACUCGUACGAGUAUGUGCACGCCAUAACCAGCAUACCCUCAUGCUGCGGCCUUUUUAUUCUUCCUCGAUUUGGACUUUUUGUUCCCUGAUGCCGUCUUCUCAGGCACAUUUCCUGCAUCGGUGCCAGACCCUUUUCCAACAUCCUCUUGCUCAGCCUCUUGCUCAGCCAUCUCCUUCUUCUUUAAUGCCCUCUUAACUGCCUCUUCUCUCUCGACUCGCUCAAUCAGCUUCUCGCUCGCUUGCCAAAGCUUUUUCGCAGUCUCUUCAUCUCUAACAUCUUUCCUCGCUAAAUCGACUUCUAUACACUCCUUGAUUAACUUGCCUCCGUUGCCCCUCCCCAAGGUGACAUCCAUAGCUGCAUACAGCAAACUCUGCGCUCCCUGCUCGGCGCUCUUCAAGAAAAGCCAGGCUUGGUGCCACAGGAGCACAUAGAGUGCCAGUCCCCACAGUGUUCCUCUACUUAACCAACGUCGCAUUCCAGAAGUCCGUGAAUAUCCCGGGUCAACGAAUACGACACGAGCAUUCAUGGGGAGACCGUCUGGGCGUUUGUAUGCAUCCAGGUGCUUCUGGAAUGCCUGGCCAAAUACCAUCAAGGCCAAUUUGCUUCGCGCAUAGGCCUUCCCUGGGCUCCAUUUUCUGGCGUCAAGGGCUUCUUCUCCGUCUUCCAGCACAGGGGAUGAGAUAUAACUCGAGCAAGUUGUGAAGAGAAUCCGCACAUCUCUGUCCGGAGGCUGUGCUCGUAUCGCAGGGCUCAGGAUACUCAAUAGAUGGAAAUUGGCCAGGUAGUUGACCAUCCAUGUCUCUUCGAUUCCUUCACUCGUCAGAGCCAUUGGUUUUCCUGGGGCUGUUUGGCUGGCGGCACAGAGGACGAUCAUGUCAAGUCGCCGAGGAGGCGCAUUGUCAAUCCAUUUUGUGGCAAACUUUCGUAUACUGUGGGUCGACGCAAGGUCGACUUGCUCCGCAUAUAUUAACUCGUUGUUUGUGCGCGUUCGGAGGUCUUCGAUGUAGUCGACUAUAAAGGGAUCCGAUGCCGGCUGGCGGGUGAGGAGAACGAUUUGAGCGCCUCGCUGGGCCAGACCGAGUGUCAUCUCAGCACCAAUACCGGUUGUACCUCCCUGUAUUCUAAUUAGCACGUGUGUUUGACUCUCUUGUGGGUAGGCAGCCGAACCGUUACUAUCACUACUUUCGAAUGCAGCUGUCGUUCGGCGAGGUUUGUUGCCCCCCGACAGUACAGCUUCACCAACACAAUGGCCGCAAUGAGUCCAACGACUUUUAGAAUAUUCCAGUAGUCAAUAUCAAAAGAUAUGCCAUUGAAUAUUGCCUCUGCUAUAAGCGGGAUAAUCAUCUUGUUUGCGGUCGAAGGGUAGUUACAGUCAACGCGCUCAAUAACGGGUUGAAGAGGCGGGCAUGGGCGCAAAUCGACAAACUCCUAGCUUGGCCCUAAAAGCGUGUGCACCUUCCAGUGACUGUGAGGUACCGGUCUGGAAAUUAAAUAUCAGCUGGCUUUUUUGUCGUGGUGGCGGGGGUAGGUACGCGUAAAUAAAAACCUCGGAAACAUGCAAGGCCAACAUGACGUUUAUGGACUAUAUUUAGGUAUUUGCACUAGCGAAACCUGGGGUAAUUUAGCGCCACUUGGAGGGCCUUGGAUGUUCCAACACCA